GUGAGUGAGUGAGUGAGUGAGAGAGAGAGAGAGAGAGAGAGAGAGAGAUUUUGGAAAAGGACCAGCUUUUUUAGGAAGCGCUUUUGCUCCAUUCUCCCAAUCAAAGACCUUGCCACUAAAAAGAAGCUCCAAUUUACUUAUUUGUUCUUUCUUUUUGCUCUUCCAGUUUACUCCCACUUCCAUUUUUAGCUAUUUUUAUAUUUAUAUAUCCUCACAUAAAAAAAAAAACUUAAUUACAUAAGCGGUGUCUUAAUCCCCUCACAUGCACGUGUCACCGUUCUCGAUCUUCUUUUUUGCUCCUGGAUCUUUGGCGUGUUUAUAAAAUUGGGUUCUUAAGAUUUUGAGCUUUGAGGAUUUAUUUGGGUUUUUUGAGAUCUGAGUCCCUUUUUUUUUUUUUUUUUUUAACCCUUAGGAGGUGGCAUUGAUUUGGGUUUUUACUCGGAUGGAGUAUUUUUGUGGCAAUGUGUGAGAGGUGGGGUGGAAUUUUUCUAAAAGUAAGGGCUUUUUUGCAAUAUUUUACCACUCCCAAGCUGUGAGAUCCAUUGGUGAGAUUUGGUUGAGUUGAUUUAGGCUAAAGUUUCCAACUUUUUGUGGAGUUUUUCCAGGUUUUGUAGUGCUUUUGGUCACCAAGUUGCUACCUUUUUCAUAGAUUGAAGUGUUGAAAAGUAGGGAAAAAAAAAAAAAAAGUUGGGAAAGGAGUGAACUUUGAGCAGCUCAAUAUCAAAUUUGGGAUUUUUUUUUCCUCAUGCUAAUUAGAUUACUGGGUCUUUGUUUAUUGGUCUCAAUUCCUUAGGUUUUGAUGCAAAUUUGAUUACACUUUUCAUUACUUCUUAACUUACUAUCCUCAGCUGAAUCUAAAGAAGCCUCUUUGUGUUUUUUUUUUUUUAUUAAGAAAUUUACAUACUUUGAGUAGUUGUUGCAUUUGUUGAAAUAUAAGUUGGUUAAAAGUAUAGAUUAGAUAAGUUAUUGGGUCUCCUUCAUUCACAUGAUUUAGGCCUUCUAGUCACAAGAAAAGUGUUGGGGACUAGUCCCAUCCCCACCCCCUCCCUCUCCACUGUGUAACAAUGACUGUUCCUGAGUUUGGCUAUUAAUAGAAGUAACUAAUCUUGCUUAUUGUGUGUUGUGGGAGCCAUUUUUUCUGGAUUAGAGAGGGUUUUCGCAAUCUCAGAACUACCAUUUUCUUCUUCUUUUCUUUUUUUGUUUUUUGAUCUUUGCUGAAUAUGGGCCAUUCAACAACUAUAUGGGAUCAAAAAUCUGAAUUUGAAGUUAUAAAGGAUUGGAAUAAUAUCGAUCAAGUCGUCCUUCGAUCGCCUCGCGGAGCUUCAGCUAGAGUUAGUCUACAUGGAGGGCAGGUGAUUUCAUGGAGGAACGAACGGGGCGAAGAGCUCUUGUUCACUAGCAGUAAGGCAAUAUUGAAGCCGCCGAAAGCGAUGCGAGGUGGAAUUUCUAUCUACUUUCCGCAGUUCGGUAAUUGCGGAAUGUUGGAGCAACAUGGGUUUGCAAGGAACAGGAUGUGGAGCAUAGAUAAUGAGCCCCCACCCACGCCGUCCAACGACGGCAAUGGAAAAGUUUCUGUCGAUCUGCUUCUGAAGCCUUCUGAAGAUGAUCUCAAGUGCUGGCCGCAUUGUUUCGAGUUCCGCCUUAGAGUAUCUCUUGCCAUGGAUGGAAACCUCACAAUGGUAUCCCGCAUUAGAAACAUCGAUGCGAAGCCAUUUAGCUUCUCAUUUGCUUAUCACACGUACCUGUCGGUUUCUGACAUCAGCGAAGUCAGAAUAGAAGGUCUCGAGACCCUUGACUAUCUCGACAAUCUCUGCCAACGAGAACGUUUUACCGAGCAAGGAGAUGCCAUAACAUUUGAAUCUGAGGUUGAUCGAGUUUAUCUCGGUUCCCCGAAUAUCGUUGCAGUUCUUGACCACGAAAAGAAGCGCACUUUCGUGAUAAGAAAGGAAGGUCUUCCUGAUGUUGUUGUAUGGAACCCAUGGGAGAGGAAAUCAAAGACGAUGGUCGAUUUCGGGGACGAGGAGUAUAAGCAGACGCUGUGUGUCGAUGGAGCGCUGAUUGAGAGGCCAGUGAACUUGAAACCCGGCGAGGAAUGGACCGCGAAAUUGGAGCUCUCCGCGAUCCCUUCCACAUACUGCAGUGAUCAUCUUGAUCACACUGGAUUGAGCAUCUGAGAAAAGAGAGUUUCUCAAUGCAAUGUGGUUGAUUUGUGUGUGUGUGUGUCAUGUAUUGUAGCUUUUGCAUGGAGCUAUCAUUGUGUUGGUACAAAGAUAAAGAUGUGGAUUAAGUUGUAGUAAGUAGGAACUUAAAUGCCAUUUUUUAAGUGUUUGUUGUUUAAUUAAGCAGGUUUUAAUCAUGUUUUAUGCUUAUUUCUUAGGCUUAAUGUCAAAACCUUCUCAUAUUUUUUGCUGUUGUAAA